AUUCUAUCAACAAUCAAAAAAAAAAAAAAUGAAAUUCUUUUUUGCAAUUUUGUGAUGGUUGGUGUAUGUGCCGUCAACAUCAACGGUAAUCCAAUGCAUGGUCCAGCCAUGGUCAACACUGGACAUUCAGCUCAAUUUAGAUCACAAGAUAGUUUGGGCAACUAUGCUUUCGGUUAUAAUGAAGAUCAUGCUACCGGUGGUACAUUCCGUCGUGAAACCGGUAGUCCAGGCAUGGCACAUGGUUCAUAUGGUCUUCGAACCAUUGAUGGCCGUGUUCGUGUAGUCAACUAUGUUGCCGAUGGUCAUGGUUUCCGUGCCAAUAUUCAAACAAAUGAACCAGGUGUUGAUCCAGAUCAAGAUCCAGCAUCAGUAUUGAUUAAUAAAGCUGCUGCUAUUGUCGCUCCAUAUCUUCACAAACAAAUUGAACCAGUUGCAGCUCCAAUUGCUAUGCAACAUAGUAUUGAAGCACCAAUGAUGGCUAAUUAUGAACCAGCACCAUUAGCAGCACCAGCACCAGCAAUUAUUGAAUCGGCUCCAUAUGGUGCCGGACCACUUAUGGAUCACGGAGCACCAGCUGCCGCCAUUCUUUCGAAAUAUGAACCUGCAGCACCGAUUCUUGAUUCUGCACCAUUAUUGGCAUCAUCGUAUGGUGGAAAACCAUAUGCAUCAGCAUCGGCACCAAUUUUAAGUACCGAUGAUUCUGUUUAUCCAAUGCUUAAUAAAGCUGGUCCAAUUUAUGAUGCACCAUUGGGCUAUCAUAAAAAUAAAUAAAUGAAAAAAAUUUUAAUUCACCAAUAGCGCUAAAACUUUGAAACUCUUUCUCUCUCUCUCCAUCUCUCCAUCUCUAUCUCCAAAAAUUGUUUCUCACAUCCUUUAUUUCCAGUUAUUUUUUUUUGUUUGUCUCAUUGUUCCCGAUCAUCUAACAAUUUCGAUUCUUCUUCAUUUUUUUUUCACGACAAUUAAUUUACUGAUACUCACACACGCACACACACAUAAAACGACGCCACCGCUGGUUGAAUGUCGCCAAAGAAAUCCACCACCACCACACACACACACACACACCUAUACACCCAUAAAUAGAUUUGUAUUUAAUAAUAGCCAAUUGAAAAAAAAAAUUUUCGUUUUUUCCACUU